UAGUUUUAGGACUAUUAUUGUUCAUAAUGAUAUUAAUUAUUCACGUUUGCUUUCAUUUUACCCUCCAGUAUGUUGGCCAAAUCGUCAAUAAUAUUUGUCACACAAGCUGCAUUGUGUUUUUAGCUAAUCAAAUAUUAUUAAUGCUUGAAAAAAAAUAUUGUGAAAAAACUUCCACCCUUACUGUACUUUGUAUUGUCUUGCAUUACUGCUUUUUGCAGCAAGAGGGCGUGCUGGCUCGCUGCAUUGACUUUACAACUGCAAUUGCCCGGUUAUUUAUUUUUUAUUUUGAUUGUAUAUCAUUUGAUUCUUUUCUUAAUUCAUUCAUUUUGUGACAUUUGUUUUGUUCUUAUCAUAGUAGCCUUUCCCAGAUGACAUUGGUCAAGAGAGAAAAUAGACUCUUAAACUGGAUGGGAGUCAACCACAAGGUUUAUUUUAUAUUAUUUUAAUAUAUUUUUUUGUUUGCUCAUUAUCCAACCAUUUCUUUUAUCCGGGUCCAGGUCGUGGGCCAGUUCCACAGAGAGGACACCACGGUGUUCCCAGGCCAACUGUGAGACAUAAUCCUUCCAGCAUGCCCUAAGUCUUCCCUGUGGCCUCCUCCUGGCCGGGGCAUGCCUGGAACACCUCACCAGAGAGGACUAGAUGCCUGAGCCAACUGAAGAACAAUAGUUUGUGUUUUUGCUAGCAUGUGCCUCUUUAAUGAGUUUUUUUUCUUGCUGUCAAUCAGGUGGUGAAUGUAGGUUUGGGAGAAGUUGACAGUUGACGGGGACAGGGGAACUGAGGUGGAAAGAACCUUUUAGGAGCAAUAAACUGACACUGUGAUUUGAGGUAUUCCCCUGGAUGGAUGCCAUGUCACUUGAUCCCCCUUCUGGGUCACUGCGUGGAUAGACCGUUUAUAUUAGUGCCGCAAUGUCACAAAUGAGUUGAUUUGUCUACAUUAAUGCAUAUUUGCUUUCCUUUUCUCCCUUGAGGCCACACCUCCUCCAUGUGAAAGACCACUAAAGUGCUCUUAGUUAAGUUCCCUCACAUUGUUUGACACUUCCCUUGAAGUAGAUCAUGUCCAGAGUGGAGACCCUCAAGGACACAAAGCUGGGCUCGCUCUUAAGGGGCCUUCGUACUGACAUUGCCAUGGCCGUGGAUGACGCCUUCCCUCUGGUUCACGGCCUGGCUGAUAAAAACAUCAUCAGUGAGCAACUGCUGAAGGACACGCUGGAGAAGGAGGUUAACGAAGGGAUCCACAAGGCCAUGUACUCGCUUCUUUCCUGGCUGCUGGAGCAAGGUCCUUCCACCAUCCAGGCCUUCUGGAGGAACUUGAACAAGGCCUACAACCGGGACAGCUACCCUAAGCUGCAACCUCUGCUCGCUAAUUCUAGUAUGUGCCGCCUUCAUCACUUGGCAAAAAUGGCGACACAAUUGUCGGCGGCUGGAAAAGUGAAGCUGUACCGAGUGAAGCGUGAAGCUCCUCCCCAGCAGGCAACAUCUGUGUCGGCCCAAAGAGCAAACCCCUCCUCUUCAUCUGCUGCCAUGUCCACCAGCGAGCUGUCACAGCAUGGAUCCUCCAGAGAGAAGAUCAAAAUCAAGCAUCAUGUGUCAGGCUCUGACGGUUCUGCAAGAAAGUGCAUCAAAGUUGGGGGAGAGCUCUACAAAUGUAAAGAGCUGAAAUCCAAAGCUGCCAUGACAACAUUGCAUCACCAGAGGGAGACAAACGUAGGCUUGUACAUAUAGUUCGUUUGAUAGUAAGCUUGCUCAAUAGCCAAAUAUGUUUAUGGUUGUGUUAUGUUAUGCUAUAUGUUGUGCUAUGCCAGUCAGUGCAAUGACGACGAGUGUGCGGUGUGCAAAGAUGGAGGCGAGCUGAUAUGUUGUGAUGGAUGUCCUCAAGCUUUUCAUCUCACCUGCCUGGACCCUCCACUCUCAGCCAUACCCAGUGGCUCUUGGCAGUGUGACGGCUGCAGAUUGGGGAAAAAGCAGAAAAUACAGAAAGCUUUGCAGCCUCAGCAGACCAGCACUAACAGCUCCACCAUAGACAUCUCAUUCUUCCCCCUGUUGUCCUCUUCAGCCUCCAUAAAAGAGUGCCCAGGUGGAGACUUGGUGGGUAUGAGGGAUGCGUGCGGUAUUUGUCACCUGGGAGGAGGAGAACUGACCCGCUGCCUUCAGUGUUCCAAGCGUUACCAUCUACGCUGCCACUUCUCCAUUGGGAGAUCCAUCUGUUUGUCCUGCUCUAGGACAUUGGUCAGCUCUGCAGAAAAGGCGAUGGAGCCAUCAUGUUUUCAGAUUCAGAACUCACGCGGCCAUGACCAGAGCUCAUCCAUGCAUCAAGAAGAACUGGACUCCAUCCUGGGGGACCAGGCCUCCUUGGAUGGCAUCCUACAGUGGGCUUUCCACAACAUCCCUCAAUCUCAUGCAGACACCCGAGGAUGCCACAUGUAAGCUGGAGUGCAGUAGGAGCAAUCCAAAAACAGAAAGGGUACAUUAUCAAAAAAUAAAGGAACAAUUGUAUUAUUGGACUUUACAGACAAAGUAUGCUACAAAAUAGUGAAAUUUGCAAAUGAAGAGGUGUUCAAUACUUUACCCAUAUUGUCACAAAUACAGAUUCACAUGAUGAAACGCGUACUGACUUCCUCAUUUGGCUUUCAUACAAUGAUACAAUGACCCCUAAAUCAAUAUGCUGCAACCAUUGUAAAUAGUAAUUUUUGAUGAUAUUUAGCAAAAAUUCAACCGAAUUAAAUUUGGUGCACACUUUAAAGGCACUAUAAUAGAUGUAUCAUGACAUGUCUUCCGAAGAAAAACCCUUAGGGGUAACCACAAAUGGCAUUUCAUUUUUAUUUCCAUGUGCACCAAACUCGAAGGGGUUUUUGCUAUCCACAAGAUUGCAUGCAAAGCAGCGGUGUAGUUUUUGCAUAAUCCUGAUAAAAAUAAAUCACCCACAAAUGAACAGCCAUGCUUGACAGAGGUAAGAAAAACUUUUUU